AUUUAGGUAUACUCUGCCGCAGAUUUGGGGUCUCACCCCCCAGACAGCGCUCAGCUCCAAGGAGACAGCUGAAGUUAAGAAUCCCUACCACAUGUAAGGCUACCUACCUGGUAAACUAACCAUCAACAACGCCACCACUAUUGAAGAGACAGUUGAUCAAAGCCGCCCAUGCGACCACUCUGCCGCGUCAGCCGUCAUACGACACUUAUUUGAAGGACGCUCGCGGCGCGAUCACAGGAAAAGAAAAGACGGAUAAGAGAGGGGAGAGAAGAGAAAGUCGGGCAGGGAAUAAGAAAAGAAAAACCAAAACAGAUCCAACAUCAACGACAACCACCACGACAACCGUAUAAUAGGGGCAAAACCCUCGACUGCCAGUUUCUUAGGCCGCCGCCUAUGCUGCCGUUCACUAUCGCAUCAUAGCAUUCUUCAUUUUACGGUCCUGGUGUCGGCCGCCAUGACCCUCGAGCAUGGCCUCGUCGUUGCCCUCGACCACUGCAGUCGCAUCAACACUCACUCGGCCUAGGGUAGCUAUUGCCUUAACCUCGGCCAUCGCCGCCGUUUCUUUGGGGUAUUACUAUUAUUGUCGCCAGUCAGCCGAGCAAUAUGACUAUUUUGACGACGCAUCUGGCCCUCGUCCCGCUUCGGGUCCACGCCUGCACCGUCGCAACGCGCUGCGACGCCUCCGCCGUCCUGUGCCAGACGACUCGUCAGGCUCGGAAUCUCAUGCUGAUGACCCUGGCGACGCUCCCGAGUUUUCAAUCACUCCUCCCGUAGACGAGACCGCCGCCGCCCCUGCCUCGAUCCCUAUCCCCAUCUCAGACGACCCUCGACAAGCCGAGCAGUCUGACGAGUGGUACAACGAUACAUCCCCGCCCGUACGCCAGCGCACUGGCGAAAACAUAGUCACGCUGCUGUUCAGAGUGUCCGAGGACAAUGCGCGCCGCAACGCCUACGUCCACCGUGGCUGUCUGUGCAACGGAUGUGGCAUGUUGCCUAUCCGCGGCAUUCGUUAUCGCUGUGCUAACUGUCCUGAUUUUGACCUUUGCGAGAUGUGCGAGUCUCAAGGCUCUCAUAACAAAGCCCACGUCUUCUACAAAGUCAAAGUCCCGGUGCCGUCUUCGGCUGCAAGGCAUGUACAGCCGCCGUGGUAUCCUGGUGACCCAAACAAUGUUCCGCAAAACCUACCGAGACAUCUGCUUACCAAGUGGUCCCACGAGACUGGAUUCGAACGCGUUGAGCUAGAUGCUUUAUGGGAGCAGUGGACUUUUAUGGCCAAUACGGAGUGGAGAGAGGACCCUAACCAUCUCUGUCUCGCCAUGGACCGUAAGACCUUUGAACGCUGCUUAGUGCCCACCGCCGGUUAUCGUCAUCCCGCUCCGAACCUGAUACAUGAUCGCAUGUUUGCAUUCUACGAUACCAACCACGACGAUCUCAUCAGCUUCGAGGAGUAUCUGCACGGCGUUUCAUACAAGAGACGGAAGGACAAACUGAAGAGGACCUUUGAUGGCUACGAUGUUGACGGUGAUGGCUACGUUAGCCGUCGUGACUUCUUACGCAUGUUUCGAGCCUACUAUGUAUCCUAUAAACAGAUGCACCGGGAUACAGUGGAAGGCCUGGACGAUUACAUGAUGACCAAUGUCGAGGUUCAGCAACUUGUCAACGGAAGGCAACCUAUCAGUAGUCUAUUCGGUCGAGAUCAAAGGAUCCCAGAUGCUGAGGGGGGCCGCACAAUGGAUGGCAAAUUCUUUCGAUCUGGGGGUGAAGUUGAGGUCCCGGACGGCAAAGGUGCCGUGAGCGAAGACCAGCCUGACACAGCUAGCCGGGAGGCUAUACUUCGGGAGCUAUUCACGCGGAACAGCAAUCAAAGCCUCUUCACCGAGUCUUUUGGUUCUUCCUCUCGCAGACCUCAUUCUCCAGCGAGAGAUACGCACUACUGGUCAGGUAUCCUCAAUCCCCCUCGCAGUACUGUUGACCUAGCUUCGUUGCUUUCCGGCGAUCAUGCCCAACUCGAUGAAAUUUUAGAUUCAAUCCGCCAGCAAGAACCCAGGGUCUUCUUGGCUGAUGAUGGGGAGAGUGCAUCUUCUGACGAAGACUAUCAGAGCACGGCCGAUGAUCACAUGGAAGAAGAGAGUGGUAUGGGUCCCCACGCUGUUGAUGACAGUGGACACAUUGCUAUAUCUCCGGGACCACCUGAUGCUAGGGAAUUCGUUAGUGGACUACCAACAGAAAUACAAUUACAACCACAGCAGGACGCAUUCGCCAGCCCGCAACUGCUGAACUUCGACAAACGGAAGCGAGUAAUCGCACGUAAGCAGCUUUACGAGCGGUGGAAGCGACGACAAUUUUAUUUAGACGAGGAAGAAGGAGCCGUAGCCCCUCAGGGAUGGAGAGACGAGCAAGACAUCCUGGCUACCGUUAAUGACAUUACAGAGCCUUCAAAGUCGGUUCCACCUCUUCUGUCUCCUAGAUCCCGGUCAUCAUCCAAGGUGCGCUUCGCUGAGGACACAGACGACUUCGAAAUUAGAUCAAACCCUUCUACAUCUUCACGUAGCGUGCCAGAGCGCUGGGGUGGCAUGGAGAUCCCAGAUGCUGAGCGAGACGCUGGAAAAGAAAUUCUCUACCAGGUCACACAACAGGCAUUCAAUGAGCUAUUGGAUUCGCUAUUCAAGAAGAAGGAAGACCUCGCGGUACGCGCCGCGGAGACUAAAGAACUACGAGAGAAACACCGCCAGCUUCUCGACGCUUUCGAAUUACAGGACGAGAUUGAUGAUGGGCAAUCGAGAAAAGAAUCCCCGGAACCGCCUCCGUUUCGAUCUUCACUCAAUAGACAGCCAGUCCACCAGCAGAGUCUCCAAGAAUUACUAAAUACCAGCGGAUAUACUGUCAUGGGGUCAGAUGUUAACGAAGAAACACAUGAUCAGUCUGUUGCCACGCUUUCAACUAGCCAAUCUACAGUGGCUUCGUCCAACUCUCGCGAUCCCACAAUGCCACAAUUCAUGCCUAACAGCUCGCCACAAAUGGUAAGCGAGACUUUUGUGCAAAAUUCAGGUAGUAACAAUCAGAAGCGCUCAACCUCAGUGCCCAAGACAUCAAAGUCAUUCAGUGGCAGCCAGGAAGCAACAGAAGCCCAAACAGGGAGACCAGAUACACCAAAUCAUAUCCCACGUUCAACACUAGCCUCUUGGAAGGUGCUUGACGAAGCCGAGCAAGAGGCCAGAGAACGAGGUGGGUGGGGUCGCCUUAGCUAUGCAGAGUUCGAAGAAAUCUAUAGGGAACACGAAUUCCAGGAUGGAAUGAAAAACAGGCUGGCAUACCUAGGUAGCUGGAUCGAUUUCUGUAUUCCAUCAUAGAGCGAGUGACCAAUACAACGUUCGCGCGACUUGUUCGCAAGAUUCCUUGCUAGUGACAACAGGGACGCCCAGUUACACGCUCUGCAUGUUUACUCAUGAGAAAAGCACCCGUAUGUGGAUGGCUUAUAUAUUGAACAGAAACUUGUAUACGAUCAAAUUUCAUUCAGCUCAGCGAGCAGUGUCAAGUAAUUUUGCAUACAAUCUAGCGUCAGUAGUAAUAACUGAUUCCCAAAGCUUUCGCGACUUAGGUGUUCCCA